AUGGAGCGCAGGGCCUCCGAGACCCCUGAGGAUGGGGACCCAGAGGAGGACACAGCCACAGCCCUCCAACGGCUGGUGGAGCUGACGACCAGCAGGGUGACCCCAGUGAGGAGCCUUCGGGACCAGUACCACCUCAUCCGGAAGCUGGGCUCCGGCUCCUACGGCCGCGUGCUCCUCGCCCAGCCUCACCAGGGGGGUCCAGCUGUGGCUCUGAAGCUCCUGCGUCGGGAUUUGGUCCUGAGAAGCACCUUCCUGAGGGAGUUCUGUGUGGGCCGCUGCGUCUCUGCACACCCAGGCCUGCUGCAGACCCUGGCAGGACCCCUACAGACCCCCCGCUAUUUUGCCUUCGCCCAGGAGUACGCGCCAUGUGGGGACCUCAGCGGGAUGCUGCAGGAAAGGGGCCUCCCAGAACUGCUGGUGAAGCGGGUGGCGGCCCAGCUGGCAGGAGCUCUGGACUUCCUCCACAGCCGGGGGCUAGUCCACGCAGAUGUCAAACCUGACAACGUGCUGGUCUUCGACCCGGUCUGCAGCCGUGUGGCCCUGGGAGACCUGGGUCUGACCCGGCCAGAGGGCAGCCCGACCCCUGCCCCACCAGUGCCUCUGCCCACGGCACCGCCUGAGCUCUGCCUCCUGCUACCGCCCAACACCCUGCCUCUGCGGCCAGCCGUGGACUCCUGGGGCCUGGGGGUGCUUCUCUUCUGUGCUGCCACUGCCUGUUUCCCUUGGGACGUGGCACUGGCCCCCAACCCUGAGUUCGAGGCCUUCGCUGGCUGGGUGACCACCAAGCCUCAGCCACCUCAGCCACCACCACCCUGGGACCAGUUUGCGCCCCCAGCCCUGGCCUUGCUCCAGGGGCUUCUGGACCUGGAUCCCGAGACUAGGAGCCCUCCACUGGCUGUCCUGGACUUCCUGGGGGACGACUGGGGGUUGCAAGGGAACAGAGAGGGACCUGGGGUUUUGGGGAGCGUGUCCUAUGAGGACGGGGAGGAGGGAGGCUCAAGCCUGGAGGAGUGGACAGAUGAGGGUGAUGACGGCAAAAGUGGGGGGAGGAUGGGGACAGAUGGGGGAGCUCCCUGACCAGGUGACGGAGACAGGUGGCCAGAGCCUGGGCCACAGGCCCUUCCCCCAGCCCCCAGGGCCACCUGGAUGGAGAGACAGCUGCACCCGGGAGGACACAGAGGGAACACAUUGCAUUCUCCCUACGGAACGCUGGGCUUGGACGCCCAUUCCUCUUCCAACUGAGGACCCAAGAGCCCAGCUCCUGCCCCUCCUCUCUCAGAUGCAGGAUCCAGGCUCCCAGCCCUUCCUCCCUCAAGGACCUUUCCUCUUCCCUCCGUCCAGAGUGUCUUCUUUUUUAUUUUUAUUUUUUUUAGACAGAGUCUCGGUCUGUGACCCAGGCUGGAGUGCAGUGGCGCGAUCUCAGCUCACUGCAAGCUCUGCCUCCCGGGUUCACGCCAUUCUCCUGCCUCAGCCUCCCGAGUAGCUGGGACUACAGGCACCCGCCACCAUGCCCAGCUAAUUUUUUGUAUUUUUAGUAGAGACAGCAUUUAACCUUGUUAUGCAGAAUUGUCUCGAUCUCCUGACCUCGUGAUCCACCCGCCUCAGCCUCCCAAAGUGCUGGAAUUACAGGCGGGAGCCACCGCGCCCGACCCAGAGUGCGUCUUCUUGAAGGAAGGCACUGGUCCCCCAUCACCACCCACACCCUGCCUUGUGUGUUUCUGUGCUCUGAGGACAUGCUGAAAGCUCAUCAUGGACCUCUUUUUCUUUUUUCGAGGAGUCUCGCUCUGUCGCCCAGGCUGGAGUGCAGUGGUGCGAUCUCGGCUCACUGCAACCUCCCCCUCCCAGGUUCAAGUGAUUCUCCUGCUUCAACCUCCCAAGUAGGUGGGACUACACCCGCACCACCACACCCGGCUAAUUUUGUAUUUUUAGUAGAGGUGGGGUUUCACCAUGUUGGCCAGGCUGGUCUCGAACUCCUGACCUCAAAUGAUCCACCCGUCUUGGCCUCCCAAAGUGCUGGGAUGACAGGCAUGAGCCACCACGCCUGGCCAUCAUGGAGUUCUGAUGGGAUCACUCCUCUCCUCUAAGACCUUCGGUGGCUCCCGCUGUCCAUGUCACAAGAUCUGAACUUUAGGAUCCGACACCAUAUAAACCUCACCCUCCACCUCUCCCAUUUCUCUGGGCUGUGGGUGAUGUCAUGGGUGCCACUCAUCUGUUCUGGACCUAAAUCUACACAUGUGAGAACACACACACGCGUGCGUGCACACACAUGCGUGCAAACGUGUGUACACACACGCACAUACACGUGCGUGCGCUCACACACGCAUACAUGCACGCGUAUAUGCGCACACGCACGCACACGCACGCGUAUAUGCGCACACACAUGCACGCACACGCACGCACACACGCACUCGCACGCAUACGCACAUGUGUGCACACACACACACGCACACACAUGCACGCACAGCUGCUGCCAGACAUUGGCGCACUGUGUGGCCUCCACCGAGAGCAUCUUCCCCUGUCCCAUGGCUCCAGAAAGUGGCCCCCACCCCCAGCCCUCUCUGGCCUCCUGGGGAACUUGCAUUAGAACAAUCCAUGUCUCUUUCUGACUGUCCAGGCUGGACCUGGUCUUCUCCGUAUUUAGAUCCUUCCCAGUUCUGCUCCCACAGAGCACCACGGAUUGUGAUUGUCCCAGCUCCGUCCCCCUUUCUCAGACCCGCCAAUCCUAAGAGCCAGGCCUGGUACCCAUGGGUCUCCUUCCUCACCAAGGCCAGCCCGCGCCUCGCAGUCCCACGGCACCUCCCAGACAGGACACGGAGCCUGGCUUGUGGAGGUUCACGCCUGCAGGACGGGGACGAACUAGAUCCAAAUUCAAGACCCCAGCACCCAGCGGAGGGUCCAGAACUGGAAACUGUGUUUCCUAAGCAGGAAGGUAUGCUUCCAGGCUGGGAAGUGAGCUCACUACAUACGAGACGGCAUCCUGGGCUCGAUCCAUCGUGGAAGCGCUGCUGAAAUAACAGUCUGGUGUUGGCCCAACUGUGAGCCUCGUAGUUUUGACAAAUGUCUCACGGUUUGCAUCGCGAUGCCGACACCGGGGGAGGCUGGGGGAGGGUGCAUGGGAACUCUCCGCAGGAUCUUGGCAACCAUUUUAUAAACCUAAAAUGAUUCCAAAAUAAAAAGUUUAUUU